UCCUGACCUACGUAGAGUCCCCGCCUUGUCUCCGACAGAGGACAGGUUCAACAUGGCGGCUUCAGUGAGAUGCUUUCUCCGCUCAGGAAAGAAUGCCGUGUCGGCUCUGGGACAGCGAGGGUUCCAUAAAAGCGCUCCGGCCGCCGUACAGAUGAUGGUCCGUGAUGCGCUGAACCAGGCGAUGGACGAGGAGCUGGAGAGGGACGAGCGGGUGUUCCUGUUGGGUGAGGAGGUGGCGCAGUACGACGGAGCUUACAAGGUGAGCAGGGGUUUGUGGAAGAAGUACGGAGACAAACGUAUCAUCGACACUCCGAUCACAGAGAUGGGGUUUGCCGGCAUUGCAGUAGGAGCUGCUUUUGCUGGCCUGAGACCGAUCUGUGAGUUCAUGACCUUCAACUUCUCCAUGCAAGCCAUCGAUCAGGUCAUCAACUCUGCAGCCAAGACGUACUACAUGUCAGCCGGGCAGCAGUCGGUGCCCAUCGUGUUCAGAGGCCCCAACGGAGCGUCCGCCGGCGUCGCUGCGCAGCACUCGCAGUGCUUCGCUGCAUGGUAUGGCCACUGUCCCGGUCUGAAGGUCGUGAGUCCCUGGAGCGCAGAAGAUGCUAAAGGCCUCCUGAAGUCUGCCAUCAGAGACAACAACCCUGUUGUGUUCUUGGAGAACGAGCUGAUGUACGGCGUUCCCUUCGAGAUGUCAGAGGAGUCGCAGUCCAAAGAUUUCACCAUUCCUUUCGGCAAGGCCAAGGUCGAGAGACAAGGCACUAGUAUCACUCUGGUCACUCACUCUCGGUAUGUCAGUCACUGCCUGGACGCUGCUGCUGUCCUCGCCAAGGAGGGAAUCGACUGCGAGGUGAUCAACCUGCGGUCAAUCCGCCCUCUGGAUGUGGAGUGUAUCGAGACCAGCGUGAUGAAGACCAACCACCUAGUGACGGUGGAGGGAGGCUGGCCUCAGUUUGGGGUCGGGGCCGAGAUCUGCGCCAGGGUCAUGGAAGGUCCCGCCUUCAACUUCCUGGACUCUCCGGCCACCAGGGUGACGGGCGUCGACAUCCCCAUGCCGUACGCCAAAAUCCUGGAGGACAACAGUCUGCCGCAGAUCAAAGACAUCAUAUUCUCUGUCAAAAAGACCCUCAAUGUCUGAAACACACACACAAGACAAACCCACCUGAACCCUCUAUGUCUUGUUCACACAGACGAUGGAAACAUCGCCUGGUAAAACGUUUGAACCAUGUGUAAAUAUAGCCAAACGGUCCCCUUUUAAAAACGCUCCAGAUUGUAAUGUUUUUUUCGCCAGGUGUUGGUCAAUGAAGCGCACAAUUCUCUUUCUGCAGCUGCAGCAGCGGACACACAGAGUCGAUCAAAUAUUCGUCUGUCAAUCGCUCACACAUUUGACUGAACUCUGUGUGGCACUGGCUGCUCUCUCCACUUCUCCUUCAAAAUAAAAGUUGCUAUAUCCUGUAGGGUUUCUGUGUUUCUAAGAAAGUUUGGUAACAACAAAACUGCUGAAUUUGAUCCUGCAAGCUUUCAAAAUGUAGACUUGCAGACUGAUGAAAACUUCCUUCUCUUGUAGUUCUGUUGUUAUUAAACUCCAUUAUAUUUCUAACUACCAAAAAAUGUCAUAUUCAGUCUAUUAACUGAACUUCCUCACACUGACUCGAGUUUGUCUCUAAAGAAUCAAAGUGCAGAAAGAGAAUAGUAGAGAAUAUUUAUUGUAGCUGCAGCAGCUCUGUGGAUGUUUUUGUUGCUGUAAAUGAAUCUGUUACAGAAAUAAAAACCUUUCAACCCUU